AUGGCGCUGCUAUCGGCCCCUCUCACCGCCACCCGCGGCUGCGUGCCGUCUGUGGCCCAGCCACUCCCCGCCGCCCGUGCGCGCACCCCCGCCGCAUGCGCGCUCCCCUCUUCCGCGCGUCCCCUCCCCGUGGACCGUGCAACACGUCGCUCGUACGCGUUAACGGCGCGCAUGCAUGGGCGGGGGGGCUGGCUGAGGGGAUGGCGGCGUGCGUCCGCUUCUGAUGACAACAGUGCCAAAGAAACUGCUGACGUGGCACGCAGUGAGGAUUACACGCCUCAAUCUGACGUGGAUGAUGCUUCUGAUGACAUGGCGGAGGCGUCAGCAGCAGCGGCUGAGCUGGCAGCUGAGAUGGCGGGCGAGGCUGCGGCUCAGGCUGCUAGCGUGUACGCCGCCACGGCUGCUGCUGCGAGGAUGGAGGAGGAGAACGUGGGGGAUGAGGAGGAGGGGAAAGGGGAGGGCAGUAAGGGGGCGGUGUCAGCUGCAGUGGGCGCUAGGGAGUCUGCUGCUGGCGGCGCUCCCUCUGAUGUGAAAAAGGAGAGCCAGCAGCAGCAGCAGGAGAUUCAGCAACAGGAGGAGCAGCAGAAGGAGCAGCAGCAGCCGCCCAAUGGCCCGCCGCCUCGUCAGCUCCAAUCCUCCAGCGCGCCAGCUGUGACGGGGCUGCGGCGCACGGUGUGGGGGCAGGAGGGCGUGGCGCCACAGUACCCCCCGUUACAGGAACACGUGACUGUAGACGUGGCGGUGGUGGGUGGCGGCAUCAACGGGCUGAGCGUGGCGUACGCGCUGCUGGAUAAACACCGCAAGGCCAGGGGCGGGGGAGGAGGAGGCAAGGACCUGUCAGUGGUGGUGCUGGAGGCACGGGCCAUUGGUUCAGGCCAGACAGGGCGCACCACAGCACAUCUCAUGCCGUGGAACGACGACUACUACAGCGUGCUCGAGCGCCUCUUCGGGCGGCGCCGGGCGGCGCUGGUGGGCAGGAGCCACGUGGCCGCCAUUGAUUGGGUGGAGCGUGUGGUGCGGGAGCACGGCAUCGAGUGCGAGUUUGAGCGAGUGGAUGGAUACCUCUUCCCGCAUGACAACUCCGAUGAGGCGAACCGCAAUAUGCUGGAGGAGCUGGCAGCGUGUGAGCGCAUCGGCCUGUCGGACACCUCUGUGGUGGACCUGCAAGGCGACCCUGCCCUCGGCUCGCUCUCCUCUGCUCUCCGCUUCCCCAACGCCGCUGACUUCCACCCGCUCAAGUACCUGCAGGGGCUAGCGAGCGCAGUGACUGCAAUGGGAGGGAAGAUCUACGAGAACACGCGGGUGAUCCGCAACUCCUCGCUCUCCACCACUCUCGAGCUCAACACGGGCGUGCGCGUGACAGCUGGCAGCGUCGUAUUGGCCACCAACUCGCCCAUCAACCACAACCUGGCGGUGCACGCCAGGCAGAGCGCCUACCGGACCUAUGUGGUGGGGCUGGCUGUUCCCAAGGGCAGUGUGCGGCGCGCCCAGUGGUGGGACACCGCGUCGCCCUACCACUACGUGCGCAUCGCUCCCGGCCCGAGCGAGGCGGAGACAGACACGCUGAUAGUGGGCGGUGAGGACCACCCCACGGGGGUGCUGGCGCCUAAGGAGUAUCCCCAGGCAUAUGCGCGGCUGGAGAAGUGGGCGCGGGAGAGGUGGACGAGCGCAGGAAAAGUCGUUUUCAGGUGGACGGGCCAGGUGUACGAGCCAGUGGACCUCCUGGGGCUGUACGGCAGGAACCCUCUCGUGAACCGACCGUCCAAGGACAUUUACAUCGUCACAGGCAACAGCGGGCAGGGCAUGACGGGCGGCACCAUAUCCGGGCUCGUGGUAUCAGAUUUGAUUCUGUCGGGGCGCAGUGAGUGGGAGGAGCUGUACGACCCACGCCGCCUGCCACCGCUCUCCCAGGGGACAGCUCAGAGCAUCGCAAGCAUCACGGCACACACUGCCCAGGGCUACGCCUUUGACUUGCCAAUCGUGCCGGGAGAUGAGCGCUCGGUGGACAGGGUGAAGCCGGGGGAGGGUGCGCUGGUGGCGGUGGGGCUGCACAAGCAGGCCGUGUACCGCACUGAGGGGGGCGAGCUGAAGCAGUUCUCAGCCAUCUGCCCGCACCUCAAGUGCGCGGUCAGGUGGAACCCCAACGACAAAACUUUCGACUGCCCGUGCCAUGGGUCCCAGUUUGACACGUCAGGGAGGGUGAUUCAGGGCCCAGCCAAGGCCAACCUCUCCCCCGUCUCCCGUGAUGGCUGCUGUGGUUGA